AUGUAUCUUAUCGGGGCACCAAGGUUCAGAAUCAUUACAGCCCACAAGCCCCUGUUACCCAUGUUCAACMAAGCAACGGCCAAAGUGCCACCACGGAUCGAGAAAUGGAUCAUGAGCAUGCAGGAUGUGGACUUUGAACUCAUCUACCAGCCAGGGAAAGAUGAGAAGGAUCCACUAGACUUCUUGUCAAGACAUCCAUUACCGGAGACUGACAACGAGGAGGUAGGAGCAGUAGUCAAACAAGUCACUGAAGUUGAGCACGCCGUUAUUCUCGACAAGAUACGACAAGAAACAGCGAAAGACACACAAUUACAGAAACUACGUGACCGAAUGAUAACGGAGGACUGGGAACACUACCGGAGAGACCCAGAUAUCAGUCCAUUUUAUCAAAUAAGGCAGGAACUGUACGAAGUCGAUGGAGUUAUUCUUAGAGACAAUAAGAUCGUUGUGCCAGCAAGCGUUCAAAGAAAAGUGGUAAAAACAGCACACAAACUUGGACACCUAGGCGUUACAAAGACCAAGCAGAUGUUGAGGGAGAAAUACUGGUUUCCAACCAUGAACAAUCUAGUAGAACAAAUAAUCGGACAGUGUUUCGAAUGCCAAGUAAUCAUCAAGGAGAGGACACAAGAACCAGUCAAACCGUCUACAAUUCCGGACAGACCGUGGCAAGUCGUGUCUGUAUAUUUCGGGGGACCAUACCCAGACGGUCAUUAUAACCUAGUGGUCAUAGACAAGAGGACUAGGUACCCUGAAGUAGAAAGAGUCUACUCUACCGCCUACAAACCAACGAUGCAGAAGCUGAAGAACAUUUUUGCUACUUACGGAACACCGGAGCGCUUGGAGAGAGACAACGGACCACCCUUUAAUUCAGCAGAACUCGAGAGAUUCGCUAAAGAAGAGGGAUUCCAUCACCACCGAGUGACACCAGAACACGCAAGAACCAWCGGAGAAGCGGAAAGUUUUAUGAAGAUGUUAAACAAAACUGAGCAGAUCGCACACUUACAAGGAAAGGACAGCAAUAUAGCGGUACAAGACAUGUUGAUAGGGUAUCAAUCGACGCCACAACCCGCUACCAAGACUACACCCUACACGGCAAUGACAAAUCGUCAGAUCAGAACAAAACUGGUUCACCAACCUAGAGAAUUCCAGCAGGAAGCAGACCUACAAAGGACCAUAACAAAGAACGACGACGAGUAUAAAGAGAAGACCAGGAAGUACACAGAGAACAGAUAUGUCAAAGAACACAGUUACGUAUUAGGAGAUUACGUCCUAGUUAAACAGAAGAAAAAAAACAAGUGGACAACAGCAUACGAGACUGCAUUUUACGUGAUAUAUCGCAUAGAAGGAUCUACCAUAUCAGCCAGAAGAACCACAGACGGCAGAGAAAUACGACGAGAUGCCAGCCACUUCAAGUUAGCUAACUCAAUUGUACAGAACCUUGAAGAAAAGGAACCUGAAGUGCCACAACAGAACACAAGAGAGGAAGACUGGAGAGAAAAAAGCAUUGCGAUUUACCAUAUCUCCUUUUUUAUUUGA